AUGGUUGAAGACGCUGGUAAGGAGAACUACUCGAGUGAUGAGUCUCGGUGGGUAAUGCAGUUUUAUGGAAAGAUCACAGCAGAAAAGGGAAACACUGUCCCAAUACCACUACAAGAAUUGUUGAACAUAAUUGAAAAGAUGGAGCGCAUGCGAUUGUCGUGGAAAGCUGCUGACGAUAGAGCAGCAUACUUCGAAGAACAAUAUACUAAAACAUCAUCUGAACUUGAAUCUGUUUCCACACAGCUACGACGAUGCAAUGCCGAGUUGAAGGAUGCACGUGCCCAAAUUAGAGCUCAAAUUGCUGAAUUGAAUGCGCAACGGGCAGAUGCUGAAGAGAUGAGCCAACGGCUCAAACUUGUUAGCGAAUACCUUAAGUCGGAUCUCGAACGCCUCCCGGUGGAGAAAAGCAAGCAACUUGCCUUUCUGAGAAAUCCUGAACUUAUAAGAACAAAUUCGAAACGUGUUAUUCGGGAACGCUAUAUGGAGGAGGGUGAUACAGAAGAGACUGACAUGGACUAUGAUGUCACCGGAGAUACGUUGGAUACACUUGAUGAGGUGGAUGAAGAAAACGAGAGUGUGAAAAUUGAAUUUGUAUCUCAGAGAAAAAGAAAAAUGUGCAACCGGCGUGCACGGAACCGCUCCGUGGGUCUACGCGGACCACGUUCUAUUUCUGCACACGCACAUCCUGCAAGCUCGGUUAAACGAAGUCGCAGUCGGCCCUUUGAUGCUGUUCCUAUCAAUGAAAAUGAAGAAACUCGUGACUCUCCUCUUCCUCCAAAACGGUCACGAGAAACUACAGAGGAAAUUACGACUACAACAACAGUAACGAUCGAUCCAAAUCGUCGAAAGCCGUCACAGGCUAGAGUGACAAUUAGACGAAGUAUGAACAGAAGCAUGUCAGCAAAUGAUUUGCUCGAUAAGGAAAAAGUCACUCCCUGUGCACCGCGAACACCAUUUGUACCACGAACGACUAGCACAUUAGAACUGGUUGAAGUGGACUCUGAACAUAUUAAUGAAGAGGUUGAUGCUGCAUGCGAGAACAAACCUGAUGACCGAACUCCUAUGCGAACCCCUGGAGGCGGGUCAUGGACACAUGGCAAACCAAUUGAAAGUCGUCCUCAUCACUUCCAGCCUCUCUCCACUUACUUUAAGAUUACUUCAUGUGACGUAUGCCAUGGAGGAAUAAAUUUUGCAGCGAAACCUGCGUAUAAAUGCACCGAUUGUCUUCAACUUGCUCAUGUUUCUUGCUCAACGCGACUUCCGCUUCCUUGCGUUCCUCGUUCAUUUGUUUUCCCACGAACUCCGAAUAAGAGAGGAGUACAAGUGUAUCAAUUACAAGAGUUCUGCCCUUCGAAGCCACCGAUGAUUGCUUACCCUAUUAUCCAUUGCAUAGUGGAUUUGGAAAGUCGUGGUUUGAGCCGUGAAGGUCUUUAUAGAGUUCCCGGUAGGAAGGAUCAUGUGCAAAGUGUUCUGAAUGAACUUCGCACAUCACGUGGUAUUCCGAAGCUUAAAAUACAAGAAACUGAAGUUGUAGCAGACGUUGUUAAGGCGUUCUUAAGGGAUCUUCGCGAUCCAUUAAUUCCGAAAUCUUCUCGGGAGGAGUUCGUUCGUGCUGCUCAGACAGAAAACAUCCUAGCUCUGAAUGUUGCAGUUUGUGAUUUACCUCAACCGAACCGAGAUACAUUGUCUUACUUGAUGCUACAUUUACAAAAGAUUGAAGCCUUAAAAGAGCUGAACAAAAUGUCAUUUGAGAAUAUUGCUCGUUGCAUGGCAGUGGCAAUUAUGGGACAACCACAAAAGGAACGCGAUAUUCAAAUAGCAUCUGAGAGUGCACGCGAGAAAGAGCGAUCUGUUUUGCAGAUGCUAAAAAUGUCAUCGGAGUACUGGAGGCAAUUCCUGGAACCGGAAGAUAUUCGCCCAGAACCAAGUGGUGUAGGUCGAACACCAGCUUCCCCUUCAACACCACACCAACCGUCUUGUGUGGAUAGAAGCAUGUUGGGACCUGUCACGGUAUCUCCGGCGGCACCAAACCUGCUCAGACCGAUUCCUAGGCGACCGCAGAAAUUUUUUGAUAGUCCUUUGUAA